AUGAAAGUGAGGAAGAACAAUCUCGAACGAUCACUUCCACUAAAGAAAAAUGAUGAUGGAGCUAGCUCUAGUAACAAAAAGAGAAAAUCAAAGAAAGUGGUUCCUAAGGCAAAAGUUACGGUGUCCCCUUACACAGCUUAUCUCAAGGCGCUUCAAAAGUGUGAAAUGGUCCCAACCAAAUAUGUGGAUAAAAAACUCCUUGCUCAACUUGGAAUUCUCGAUGAUGUGGAAGCAAUCAUGAACAACAUGGGUUUGACUACAUUCUUCACAAAUCACAAGGUAUGGGCCUUGAAAGCAAGUAAUGCGGCUAAGGAAUCAAGCGAGAUACACCAUACGCCUCCUAUGUUGAAUGUUGGUGGAAUUGUGACGCCGAUAUUGGAAUAUUGCAAGAUCAAGCUAGGUACUCCCCUUGAAGGUUCAUCACGGAUUGAUGCUUGUCACCUCUCUAACACUGAUUACUUAUCCGGUGGUGUUCUUGGUAAGUUUGCCUACCGGUUUUACCAAGGUCCAAUUAUCCUUCCUAAUACCACUAUUACUUCGAUUCUUGUGCGAGACAACAUCAUCUUCAACCCACUAAUCGAACUUCUCUAUGAACAAUCUAUGGAGUUACCUCUCAUAACACUUAAGCCGAACAAGAGAAGGAAGACAAGGAAAGCACAAGUUAAUGAAGAUUGUUCUCCUCCACCACUCUCCAUUUACGGGAGUAAACGGUACCACCUACCUCCAUUGGAUGUCCCUCUACAUUCAACCGUGGAACGUCAUUCCUACCGAAGUGUCCAUCUCUUACAAAGAUGGUGUAAAUGGCAAGAUCGAACAAUCUACAAGCUUUGCAAGUCGGUGAAAGGGUUGAAGCGGCAAGUGAAAGAACUCACAAGCCAAGUCAAUGUACUUACAAAGAAGCUUCAUGGCUCGAGUUAUCGUUCCCGAGAAGCGUUAGUUCUGGACUCCGAUGAAGAGAAUGAAUUGGCACCCAUGGAAACCGAGGAGACAAUACAAGCUCUACAACGCAAUUUUAUUUCCGGAGAAUCUUCCUCUUUUGAUAUUCCAAUGGAACCCAUUCGCCCAUCUUCCUAUGAACGGAGACCAACAAAUAAAAGAGUGAGUAGCCCGACUCCAACUCCAUCACCGAGUUCAAGCAACCCCUCUCUCCAAGUUUCAGAUUCGAAAGAAUCCGAGACCUUCUAG